AGCCUUUUUCUUCUCUCUGCCUGAGGGUUUCAUUGCUAUUUAUAUAAGCCGUCCGGAAGACCAUUUCUGCACAGCGGAAUGCUUCCUCCUCUGGAACAUGGAUGCUAGUAUGUAUCAGGUGUCUGCAGAGCUCCAGCCAGCCAAUGCCAGCUGCAAUGUGUCUUCGCUGUGCCCGGAGCUUCCCACCUUCACCACUGCCGGCAAAAUCCGGGUGAUCGUCACCUUCAUCCUGUGUGGCGUGUCGGCCUUCUGCAACCUCGCCGUACUACGUGCGGCCUACACGGACAGCAAGCGCAAAUCUCACGUCCGGGUGCUGAUCGUCAACCUCACACUGGCCGACCUCCUGGUGACAUUUGUGGUGAUGCCCGUGGACGCGGCGUGGAACAUCACAGUGCAGUGGAUGGCGGGUGACCUCGCCUGCAGGCUCCUGAUGUUCCUCAAGCUCCUGGCCAUGUACUCGGGUGCCUUUGUCACCGUGGUGAUCAGCUUGGACCGCCAGUCAGCCAUUCUCCACCCGUUGGCCAUCAACGAGGCUCGGAGGAGGAACAGGUUCAUGCUGGCGGCGGCGUGGGGCAUGAGCGUCUUGCUGUCCGUCCCUCAGAUGUUCCUGUUCCACAACGUGACCAUCAAGCAUCCCGAAGAUUUCACGCAGUGCACCACUCGAGGAAGUUUCAGGAGCCACUGGCAUGAGACGGCGUACAACAUGUUCACCUUCUUUUGUCUUUUUCUGCUGCCACUGGUCAUCAUGAUCACAUGCUAUACCAGGAUCUUCUUUGAGAUCUCCAAGCGCCUGAAAAAGGACAACGUUUCCUCCACUGAGUUACAGUUGCGCUGCUCCAAGAACAACAUCCCCAGGGCUCGCUUGAGGACUCUAAAGAUGAGCGUUGUGAUCGUGUUGUCCUUCAUUAUCUGCUGGACUCCUUACUACCUGUUGGGCCUGUGGUACUGGUUCUUCCCGGAUGACCUGGAAGGGAAGGUUUCCCACUCGCUCACCCACCUCCUCUUCAUCUUCGGCCUGGUCAAUGCCUGCCUGGACCCGCUCAUCUACGGCCUCUUCACCAUUCGCCUCCGCAGGUUCCACUGUAGCUCCCAAGCCACAGCAGACACGGACGCCAAUACGGUUAUAACUGGAUCUUUUGCCGGCACCGCCAACGCCGUGCUGCUGAAACAGGAGACGAACCCUUGCAGCCAGCAGACGUCCCCAAUGUGCGGCGAUAAUGACAGCGAAAUGCCAGGAAGCUGCUUUCUAACAACAAGCAACGAUGCACAGAGACCUGGACACAGAUAUCUGGAGAGCAUUAUAUGAGGGGAAUCCAAAUGGGACAAUUCGGUAGUAUGACAUUAUGUAGUCAUGUUUCCGCACAGGAGUCUACAUAUACGUACGAUGUAUAGACAAUUGUAACACACAAAGCAAAGUCCAUAAAAGCUCUUUAAAAGCUUUAAGUUUGGUGUGGAAGAAGCCCAUCAAACACCUUUGGGAUAAACUAUGUUCUUGAUGUAUGGACAAAAACGCCAUUUUCAGGUGUCCCGAAUACUUUUGCAUUGCAUCUGUGUAUAAAGUGA